AAGCAAAAGCAUCCUCUCCCUUAAUACGCUGCAUCUGAGCAAGACAGCAACUCUGUUCAGCGAUAGAUGCUCAUACAUUAGCCUUUAAAUCUUUACUGAGGUACAGAAACCAGUGUUGCAAGGCACUGAUGAGGUCAGCACAGUAACAGAUGAGCAAGCACCAAAGAAUGUCCGAUCCUUAUUACACAGCUUGGGGAUUGUCAAAACAGCUUAGGGCAAUAUCUUCGUGUUAUGAUAUCGCAUUCUCGGGGCGAUUUCAGGCUUUGUGGUUUAACACCGCUAGGUGUUUUGCAGAAAUCCGCCUUGGAUAAGAUAUAUCAGCGUGACUGUCGCCGUGGUGACCGAGGCGACUAAUCUUACUAGAGCACAAAAAGAAAGAACUUUUUGUAUUACCUCCACUCCUCGCGAUGAGAUUACAUUUAUCCACCCGCAAUAACUAUCAAGACCCGUGAACCUUGUGCUUGGAAUACUUGUGGUCCGGAACAGUCAUAUAGAGGGACACUAAUUUUCUACUAAUUUUUUACAAGAAAGUAUAGACUUCACCUAGAAGUGUAGCCCGCUCUUUUUGCUGCGGCCAAUUUUAAAUUAAAACCGGAAUAUACCAUGGUGCACCGGGACUACAGGUCAUCAAAGAGGAAAGUGAAUAAAUAUGUACGUUCGUUUUGUAAUCAAAGAUGUGGAAAACCGGGGCAUAAACAGCUACCAAAACCGACCUACAGCAGCAUUUCUGUAUAUCCACGAUAUUUCUAAAUUAAAAAGCAGAAGAUUCAAAUAUGUUCAUCAAAAUCAGCUUUUCUCCUUGAUACUUUUGACACUUAUUUUAGAUUACUGCAAUUAUUACUGGAUAUUAAACAAUGCUUAGUAUUUCAGACACAUAAAAACUUGCUUACAUUUUUAUUUUACCGAUGUAUUACCAUUGAUUUUUACUUUCUUUAAUUGCUGCAUCAUAGUCACCAUGCAUAAGGUAAAAAGUAAAACACCCUGCAAUUCGGACGCACACGCACUGCCAUACAUGCACUGCCCAUGAACAUGCAUAUGUUCGUUUCGAUGCUUUCAUGAAGGCGACACACUCAAUAACCUUCCUACAACUUAGUCAACCUAAACCCUUAACCCAGCCUACUCGUUGGAUUACUUAAGGUAGUCACUCCGAUCUAAACAAUAUCCAGGUUCUGUCAGCAGCAGCAUGAACCGCGUCCCACCCCUGCAGCCUCAAGUCUGCGGCCCCUGGGAGCUGAAGGAGCGCCUUGGAACCGGCGGCUUCGGCUUUGUCACCCGCUGGCAGAACAAGGAUACAGGGGAGCAGAUUGCUAUCAAACAGUGUCGCCAAGAGCUGAGCGCCAAGAACAGGGAGCGCUGGUGCCUGGAAAUCAAAAUCAUGAAAAGACUGAACCAUGAGAAUGUGGUGGCUGGUCGGGAUGUCCCAGAAGAGCUGCAGAAACAGGGCCCCAAUGAUCUCCCCCUGCUGGCCAUGGAGUACUGUCAGGGUGGCGACCUGCGAAAGUACCUGAAUGGGCUGGAAAACUGCUGUGGAAUGAGAGAGGGCUCCGUCCUGAUCCUUCUGCGGGACAUUUCCUCUGCGCUGACCUACCUUCACAAGAAGCGGAUCAUCCACAGAGACCUCAAGCCAGAGAAUAUCGUUCUGCAGCAAGGAGACAAGCGAUUGAUCCAUAAGAUCAUAGACCUGGGUUAUGCUAAGGAACUUGACCAAAACAGCCUGUGCACCUCCUUUGUGGGAACUCUGCAGUAUCUGGCCCCGGAGCUGGUGGAGCAGCAGAAGUACACAGUGACGGUGGAUUACUGGAGCUUCGGGACACUGGUGUUUGAGUGCAUCACCGGCUUCCGCCCAUUCCUGCCCGCGUGGCAGCCUGUGCUCUGGUUUGCCAAGUUAAAACAGAAGCAUGACGAUGACAUCAUGAUAUAUGAAGACCUGGCGAAUGAAGUGCAUUUCUCCAAACACCUGCCCCAACCCAAUAAUCUGAACAAGCUGCUGUCCGAGAAGCUGGAGAGGUGGUUGAGGCUUCUGCUGAAGCUGUCCCCCCAGGAGAGGGGCAAGGACCCCCAGUACGGCCCGAAUGGCUGCUUUGCCGCCUUAGACCACAUUCUGGACCUCAAGCUGGUCCACGUGCUGAACAUGGUGUCAGCGAAGAUCCACACGUACCCUGUGCAGGAAGGUGAGACGGUUGCUGUGCUGCAGGAGCGAAUUGCCUGCGACACCCACAUCCCCAUGGCCAAUCAGGAGCUGCUGCUGGAGGCGGGGCUGGCGCUGGAGCCGCAGCGCUCCGUGCUGGAGUGCGCCGUGGAUUACAGCCUGAUCGACGGGCGCAGGACGGACUUGCCCCUUGUAUUCCUGUUCGACCGCAGCUGCAGCAGCUACGAGCCACAGUUCAACCCACGCUUGCUGCCCGAGAACAUCCGCUUUGUGCAGAUGGAGCCCAAGCGGCAGCUUCCCUACGGCCCCCUGCGCCGCACCUACGGCCAGGCCUGGCACACCAUCCGUACCCUGAAGGAGGACUGGCAGCGGCUCCAGCAGGGCCAGAAGGCCGCCAUCAUGAGUCUGCUGCGUCACAACAGCUCCCUGUCCAAGCAGAAGAAUGAGAUGGUGUCCAUGCACCAGCGCCUGCGGGCCAAGCUGGACUUCUUCAUGUCCAGCCUCCAUAUUGACAUGGACAAGUACCAGGAGCAGAGGACCACAGGCAUCGCCUCUGAGAAAAUGCUGAGUGUCUGGAGGGAGAUGGAGGACACCGCUGUCACCUGUGCUCAGACAGAGGAAGUGAGCAGCCUGGAUGAAGAGAUGAUGUCACUGCAGACACACAUCGUGGACAUCCAGAGGCAGCCGUGGCGGUCGGGGGAGGCCUUGGACACGCUUGAAGGGAAGGCCAUGGAACUGUUCCGCAGCCUCAGAGAGAAGCCCAGAGAGCAGCGCUGUUCAGGUGACUGUCAGGAGGUUGUGCGGCUGGUGGUUCAGGCGGUGCAGUUCUACGAGAAGAAGCUGAGGGACUUCUACACACACCUGAGUAAGACGGUGGUGUGUCGGCAGCGCGUCAUGGACCUGCUGCCACGUGUGGAGGGCCUGGUGAGCCAGAUGGCUGACAGGGAGCAGGCGCUCAUGGCCCUGCAGGAGAAGCGGCAGAGAGAGCUCUGGAAUCUGCUCAAAGUGGCCUGUAGUAAGGUACGCAGCCCUGUGAGUGGCAGCCCUGACGGGGGGCGUGGCUCCCCCUCCGUCCAGUCACUCCAGCCUCCCUCCGCCAGCCUAGAGCCCAGCCAGUCACGAGAUGAAGCCUAUCAAGUGAUUGAGGAGAGCAGGAUGUUUGAGAGUCGACUGCAGAGCUUAGUGCAGGACACUAUCCACGAGUCGGAGAGCGACAUGGAGCUUCUCAGGGACUGGCACUGGCUUAAUGGAGACCUCUCCUGAUACUCAGAAAUUCAUCACAGUGAAGGAGAAACUGUCUGUAUACACCAGCUGGGAUCACUUUCGCUUCAAGUACCUCUCAGAUGCUUUUGUAGCUCGGUGCCGCCUCUGUAUGGAGGGAACAUAUUAUUACAGGUUCAUGUGGAGCUGCAAGGAUGGUCUAUAGUUCUGUUUUUUUAAUCCACUUUUCUUUUCUUUUUUUGCUGUUUCACAACAUAGCUACAAUUUCAGACUCCUUUUCUUCCUGAAAUUUUUGUGUGUAUUGAAGUAUCAGGUUUUAACCUAAGAUCAUGGCUACAGUUUGAUAAAAUUGAGGAGCAAUGUUUAAAGGGCACAUUUUUAUGGUAUUUUGCAAACUUUGCAAACCAUUCCCGGAUACAAGUAUAGUGCUUUGUAAACGUUUAUGUCCUGUGGAAAGGAAACCUGAUUUUAAGGUACUGCUGCAAAGAAGAAAAAUAUCUGCUUUUAAAGUAAACGAGGCAGAGUUACAGCCUGCGCUCAAAGCCCGCUUCCGGAACAGCGUUACAGCCUGCGCUCGAAGAAGCCCGCUUCCGGAACAGCGUUACAGCCUGCGCUCGAAGCCCGCUUCCAGAACAGAGUUACAGCCUGCGCUCGAAGAAGCCCGCUUCCGGAACAGGGUUACAGCCUGCGCUCGAAGAAGCCGGCUUCCGGAACAGAGUUACAGCCUGCUCACGAAGCCCGCUUCCGGAACAGCGUUACAGCCUGCGCUCGAAGCCCGCUUCCGGAACAGAGUGGCAGUAGGACCAAGGCUGAAAGCAGUCUGAGGCUUCAUUUCUGUGCACUUCACUAACAGACUUAUAAUUCCAGCUUAAUUUGUAGAAAACACUUGAAUUUUUAAUUUUUUAAUUAUUUUGGUCUUGGUUUUAUAUAUCUGGGAAUAUCUGUCUGAAAGUGGUGGUUUGUAGUCCUUGUACUCUAUAAGGAGAUCUAGUGGUUUUUAUUGUGAUCUUUGAAGAAGUAAUCUAUAAAAUAUCACUGAAGGUUUUAAUGUGUCUAUUAAUAAUUUUGCAUUUUGUGUUCCGUGACUUAAAACAGUUAGGGCGCUUUUCCACUGCACCAACUAUGGUACUUUUGGUACUUUCCCUUUUCCAUUGAUUCCAGUUGAGUACCAGUAUCAAAAGUUCCAGUACCAAAAGUGUGAAUCCAGCUAGGGUACUUCUUUGGUACUUUGUGAUGGGAUUUGAAACACUUGUCGAUUGGUUGUGCAAAUAGCCUGCUUCUGAAACACAAUACAAACGCCACCUUGAAAACAGUUAUGAUCUCAGAAAACAAUGAUAAACAAAGUAAAAAAUAUAUUGUCAUCUGGUCGGAAGAACAGAUACAAAACAAAGAUAAGGAUGGUG